AUGGCAGAAAAUAACAGCAUUUCUACUCUAUCUUCUUCCGAAACCACUAAAAGACUACCAGAACUACACUUUUCUCACCACAAUGAGGCCGACACUAGAAUAUUUAUCAUUAUCCAAUACUUGUCAAAUCUACAGUACCGUCAAAUAAUAAUAGAGGCCACUGAUACCGACAUAUUUGUUUUGUCUCUCUACUUUAUUACUAUCCAGGAAAUAUGGUUUAACACAUAUAUACCAGUGCACCACAUCAUAGAAGAAUUAUCUACGGAUAAGUCUUUAAAUGUUCAAAUGAAUUUGGGUAGUUUACUUUUGAGUAUUUACAUUUUAACUGGUUGUGAUACAGUAAGAUUUAUAUUUAGAAAAGGUAAAACUAACGCAUUAAAAAAAUGUUUGAAUUACGAACACGACACAGAAUUAAAAGCACUUGUAAGUUAUCCUAAAAGUGCUAACCAGAAUUUAAUUAAUUUCGAAAACGCGGCUAGAUAUUUUUUCAAAAUUUUGUAUGCUAGGCCAUUAUUUACAGGUGAUUUAAAUAAAUUACGCGCUCAUCUAUUUCAUACCUGUAAAUCUGAUAUAAGGAAUUUGCCACCUACCCAGGAUGCAUUUUAUCAGCAUAUAUUAAGAGCUGCAUAUCAAUUGAUUGUCUGGAAGAGCGCUAUUUUAAUAAACCCAAAAAUUCCCAACCCUGUUGAUUUUGGUUGGGAUUUAAAAGAAAAUAAUUUACUCCUUCCAAAAUUGACCACAAUAAGUAUUUGUCCCGAUGUACAAUUCGAAAAUGUGCGCUGCAAAUGCAAACUUCAGAAAUUGUGGUUGUUUAAAAGCUGGAUUGUAUAA